AUGCGCCUCCAGCCGUUCCAACUCCACGGCGAAUGCGCGGGCUGCCGCACACCGAACGUCCACGAGCUGUUCAAAGUCCACAUCUUUAACUCUACCGAUGAGCAGCUGAUGGAGACCAUCCGCCUGCCUUUUCAUCCCGCUAUCACUCUCCAGUGUGUGGGAGAUCAGCUCAUGGCUAAGUGGCCGUCGACCGGCCGUCGACCAAUUACCGACAUUACAAAGGUCUGGGUGUGGUGGGGGGCUGAGGUACGCCAUAGCGAGCCCGGCGGCGGAUUAUGCUGCUGGCACUGUCCGGUCCCGGCUCUCGGCAGGGACAAGGGCGAAAUCCACAUAUAUGUUCGCUUGGCGGAUGGGGUAGUUUAA